CCAAUUCCCAAUUCCUGAUUCUAUUGGUACUGUUGGCCAUACAAGCAGAGCUGCUCGCCUGGGAUAACACACACACACACACACAUAUAUAUAUAUAUCUAUUUGCCGCGAACCAAACUUGAAACAUCCCAAAUGUCCGAGGGUGUGACUUUGUCCCAUAGUUUCGGUGGUGAGGGAGAUAUUCAAAUCGGGGCACAUUCUCUGGGGGAUAUAUCAUAUCCAUCUCUAUACACCAACAUGCACCUGUUAUAGUAUGCAGGUGAAUGCUGAGCGACUUCAUCCGGAAUUCCAGUGCAUCUAUCUCCCUAAGCGCUCCCCAGCCGAGCAUUUCGUUGCUGCUAACUUACCGAAAAACGAGAGAGCCAUACAUAAGCUGAGGAAGAAGCCCCUUUAUCUUAUAGCAUUCAGGCGGCUUUUGCGCAGAUGAGCUGACCUUCCCAGAUACAUUUAGAGCGCGUAGCUCUGGCGGAGUUGGUCUCUCUUUCAAGGACAGUGGUAUCAUACAGGUGUUAAUCAAAGAAGAUAUUCCUCCGACUUUCAACCAACCUCAAAUGCGUCCAUCCAUCCAACACACUUGCGGUUAGAGUCGUACCAACAGGUCCAUAAAAAAAACAGAAAAAAGAAGAAAAAAGAAAAAAGGAAAAGAAAAAAAGAAAAAGAAAAAAGAAAAAGAAUGAAUAGAACUUCGCGCCCAUGGGGCCCCUUAUACCGCGUCUCAUGCAGGAUGUUCUUUAUAAACUAUCGUUCUAGACCUCAGAAGGCUCUUCAUGCAUCAUGCACCGCGAAUAUUCGUUUGGUUAUAUUCUCGUCCUGUUUUGUUGGGAUAACAGGGCCCAAACCCCAUAUUGCGUCUAUCAACAAACAAGGCUCCUUUCCAGGGAAGGAAUUCUUCCCCAUGGGAGAAUGAUAUAUUAUAAAUAACAAAGCACACCCCCCCUGUCUAUAAUACCCUGCUUCUACAGCUUUGAUUAUCUUUUAAUCCAGGCUCAUCGUCGUCGGUUAAUGGGCGGUCUUCCAUUGACUUGACAGGGUACUAUCAAUUAUAGUAUUUAUACUUUGAUCGCUUUGCACCGAGUUUGACCAAGGGAGACAAAGGAAAACCGCUCCCCCGCCGGUCCCCUCGCAACCAUCAACCAUGACGCGCUCAUUACUCAUCGCCAUCCUUUCCCUAUCACUUCCUCUGGCGCUCGCGACGGAUGACUGCGGUAGCGGAGGCGUUGAUUGUCCUGCAGCCUCACUAGACAGGACUCCCCGGCCGCUCUCGACUGCAUAUAGCCAUAUCACAGUUACAGUUAAAACUAUAACCCCGAGGGGUGCACCCAAAGAAACUUUCCCAUCGGCAGCUCUGGGGCCCCCUCUAGCCGCAUCAGAACCCCCCGCGGCCGCGUCUCCUCGAGCCACUGCCACCCCCCUGAAGACUGCGCCGGCGGCGCCUGCAUAUCCCGCAAAGCCCCCGAAGCCCGGAGCGGGCGAAAGUGUCAAGAAGCCUAAAACCGCCCGUCCAGCAGCCCCAAAACCAGAGCCAGAGUACGAAGCUCCAUCACAGAAGAAAUCCCCGCCUCAACGUCAGUCUCCGCCAGACUACGAGGCCCCACCGAAGAAAAAAUCCCCGCCACAACGUCAGUCUCCGCCAGACUACGAGGCUCCACCGAAGAAAAAAUCCCCUGCCCCGAAGAAAGAAUCUCCUCCUCCAAAGAAAGAAUCCCCACCAGACUAUCAAGCUCCGUCGCAGAAGGUAUCCCCGCCGCAGCGUGAAUCUCCGCCAAACUACGAGCCCCCCCCAAAAAGAAAAUCUCCUCCGCCGAAGAAAGAAACCCCUCCUGCAAAGAAAGAAUCCCCACCAGACUACCAAGCCCCGUCACAGCAGAGACCGCCACCAAAGCAGCCCGAGCCCGAACCAGACUACGAAACUGGGCCGGAAUACCGACGCCGAACUAUCCGGACGCCUAGACGUGCUCGUCGAGCCAGGGAUGCCAUGUAUUACUAACGUGGGUAAUAGGCCUUGGUUGGUAUCUAUAUUCUCUCUGUUAUUGUUUCGGAAAAAGGGGUUCCCAUCUCUUCUAUGGCGCUGGGUGCAUGAUCCAGGGCCCCCGUCCUUUGACGUUGUGAGUUUGGAGUUUGGGAUUUUAGAUAACUGAGGAGAUAGAAAGGGGGUGGCAAGGGGAUGAUCACCCGAUUUUUAAAUCCCCUUUUCCAAUAUUUUUCAAAAAAAAAGUUGUUUUGGCGACAUAGAGCGGGAUAGACUAAUCCAAUAAUUAAUCCACUUAAUCUUAACAUCUGUUUACUUCUUUGGUUCUCCAUUUGAGAUGUCUGUUCUUUCUUUCGCAUAUUUUUAAGUGUGGUGCAUGCGCGAGAUGUCAACCCUGUAGCAACACUUAAUCCUAAAUGCAUUACUAGAUAUGGACGCAGAGGAGUGAUAUUGACAGAAAAGAACAUACCAAUUUACAGGCCAGUAAUAACCCCGAAUACAAUUCCAUUCCCACUUCCAGUUCCGUUAACACUGACUCUUUGUGUGUUUCUAAUCCAUCUAUCUACGUGAGUUAUUCUUUUGUAAAGACAAAAACAAAAUAAAAAAGUCUGUUCCAUUCAAUAACCCCAUCCCAUUUCCCAUAUACAACAUAACCCAUCCAUCCACAUCCUCAUACCCCACCAUAUCACUCUAUCCCAGUCGACCUACUCACAACCGACUCCGCCCAACCCCAACUCCCUCCCCCGCAGCCCUGCGAAUAAACCCCGCCACCUUCCCCGGCCGACUAAUCAUGGGCGAAUGGCCGGCGUCCUCCAGCACCUCGAUACGGUCCCGCGCAAUCCCUGCACCAAAGGCCAUGCGCGUCUGCACCUUGAAGGGGACGGCGCCGUCGUGUUUGCUCAUCAGAUAGGAGCAGGGGUAGUGGCGGUAGGCGGGGUAGGUGAGCGGGGAGAAGAAGACGCUGGUGGGUUUUGGGUUAGUGAGCUGUGGGGUUGGGUUUUGGAGAGAGGUAUUAUAUAUAUAUAUAUAUAUAUAUAUGUAUGUAUGUAUGUAUGUAUGUAUGUAUGUAUGGAGGGGGACCUUACGGGAGUGGUUGGAGUUUCAGCUUUGAGGACCAGUAGUGCUGGGCGAGGGGAGGCAGGUCGUUGUAGAAGCGGGCAGGGCCGUCGAGGAUGCGGAUUUGUUCGUUCUGGGGAUUUGUUUAUUUAGUUAUAGUGUUGGUCAUGGGAAGAUGUGAAGACAUGGAUGUAGAAAGAGAUGUAUAAAUGAGAAGUCAAAUAAAUACCUUCAGCUCAAAACCCUUUAGCUCUGUGCGCUCUGGUGUCCACAGGCCUUUUCCAACAGGCAGAACCAUGCCAACAAUGAAUGCCAGAUGCACAAUCCGGCCGCGGCGAGGGAUGUAUUGAGCUAGUCCUGUAUCAUCUCCAGCACACAUCGCCUUUGCAUCUGUCUCCUUCUUCACAGCACUGGAAACCUCCUCUUCUCUCUCCUUCUCGCCAUCUCCAUCCAUCCCCUUUCCUCCAACCUCUUCACCAUCCUGAGAAUAGCCCUUCAUCUCCCCAUGAAACGCCUUCAACGCCUCGCACCCCGCCACAGCCGCGUACGAGUGCAUCACCACAACCACAUCCUUUCCACAGUCCAGCACGGCCUCGAUGCCGCUCUGGAUGGCAUCCACGUCGCAGGAGAAGUCGGGCGCGGCGGGCACCAUACCAGGCGACUUGAGGGCCACUGGGUAGACGGAGUAGCCGGCCUUCUCGAGCAGAGGCGUCACGAAGGUCCAGACGGCGGGGGAUUGCCAGCCGCCGUGGACCAGGAGGAUGGUUGGUUUCGACAUCGCUUGGGUUGACACGGUUGGGGUGGUUUGAUGUGCUAGGGAGUGUUUGAUAUGAGAGUAAGGAUUCAGUAAUAUGAGACUGGUUGUGAGUAGAGCUCCCUGCAAUAUUUUUUUUGAAUAAUAUGCACUUCUUUGACUCGAUGAGCGGGUAUAUCGGUAUUAUUUAAGAUAUCAAAAAGAGAUUGCGUUUAUAAAAACCGCGGACAGAAAUCCCUUCGGUGGAUUUGUGGGAAUGAUAUGAGACACACAACACAACACGCGCACAAUGUGUCCGACGAAUAACACAAACGACAUCUAUUGAAGUGGGAAAUUCUAGGAGAUUCCUCUCCGAGCAGAACAAUAACAAUAACAAUAACAACAACAACAACGGCUCUUGGGCCCGUUGCUCAUAUGGAAACCCGGCUUCAUCCUUCACCCUUUGGCCAACCACCAGCCAGCGAGAAGAAAGGAAAAUAGAUGCAUAACACACACACACACACACGAGGAAAAUAGACAGCAGGAGUACAUAUUAUCAGCCUAUACCACAGGGCUUGCUGAGCUAGGGACACCGGGACCAGGUAAUUUCGCGCUUUGCAACACUGGGCUUCUAUGCUGCGACAGCCUGGAGAGAAAAAAAGAUGGAUGAGUAGGAGGGGAUCUCAAACGCUGCUCGCUUUGUCUAACCGUCCCUUUUUUUUUUCUGGCUAUCCUUGUUCCGCCAUUCCUUGGUCGGCACAAGACAAGGAUAAUUUGUGGGAGAAAUAGAAAAAGAAAGAAAAAACCGUUGAGAAAUGAUCAAGGCGCUGGUGGCGGAGAUCAUCUUCGUAGCAGUAGUUAUUUAUUUAUACACAUAAACCUGAGUAUAUAUAUAUAUAUAGGACUAUAUACAAUAGUUACAGCAUUGGGAUUAAUGAAGAUUAACCCAGUUUGGGUGGAAAUAAUAAGCUCCUGGUCGUUGGAAGAGUCAAGAAGAGCGCACCGUCAUCGCAGCUGUAUAAUCAGAUAUAGUUAUUAUUGGUCACACAAUGGAAUGUUGUGCUGCGUUUGCCA